AAUUUAGUUGGGAAAGAACCACCUUAAAUAAUGGCGUCUUUUGUUCGCAUUUGUUUAGCGGUAAAUUUAUGCAUUUUAUUAUUUUAUACAGGGGCAACUGCUAAUAAAUAUUCCGCCGAAGCAAAUAAACCGAAAUAUGAAAAUCCUUUGCAAUUUCCAACUUCUCUUCGUGAAUUAGACAAACCGUUUCGUAUGGCAAAGCUGAAUGUACUUUGGGUUAAAGCAAAAAACCGUUUGACCGAUACGAAACUGCAAUCGAUAUUUAGCGAUUUGAAGAUUCACGAUAAAGAAGAAAUUGCGUAUAAGCAUUUUAAAUCCGAUGGAAAUGAUCCAAAUGGCGAGGAAGAAGCACGUCUGCGGAAAAAACUCAUUGGAAUUAUGAGCACAUAUGGAUUGUUGGAACAUUUUAAUGAUACCGAAGAUCCAAAAUUACUAAAGCAACAUAAAGCAUUAAACGACGGAAGUAACUAUGUUGCUAAAGAUGUGUUUAAAGAUAAAAGGUUGAACAAAUUAUGGGCUAAAGCCGAAUAUGCUGGCUUUACACACGAAGAAUUGGAAACGUUGAAGGAAGAGUUUCAACAUCAUCAGGAUAAAGUAGACGAAUAUAUGAAUCUUUUGAAAGAUGUAGAAGUUGGGGAUAAAGAAACACAUGAAAAUAGUUUGUAUCAGAAGCCGGAAAGCUGGAAUGUAAUAGAAGAUAAAGAAGAAAUUUCUAAUAAUAUUCCUGGACAGAAGUUAGAUUAUUUAGGAAAGGCAACUUUACUUCGAGAAAAGCACUUGGAACUCAGAAAUGGUUACGAUCGUUUGGACAGAUUAACCGCUACAGGUCCGAAUCAUAAAGAAUUUGUAGAACCGAAAGUGCAAGGGUUGUGGCGAAUUGUCUUGGAAGGUUCGUUCUCGCCGGAAGAACGAGCUUCUUUAAAGGAGGAACUUUUACAUUACGAAGGAAGGUUACUCAAGUUACGCCAUCUGCAUACAGAAGCUGCUUUAGAAGCUGCACGUCAGGGGAAGCCAUAUGACAUAGAAAACUUUACUAUGCAACAACAUAUAAAAAAGCAUGCUAGAACAAUAGAAAAGCUUCAUAUGCAUCUUGAAGCAAAAAUUACGCAAAAUCACUCUGAACUUUAACACGUAUUAAGAAUAGUUUAACAAGUUUAUAUAAAUUGUGUUACUUCCAAACUAACCAAAAUGCGGAAAUACGUUAAGAAAAAUAUUGUAAUAACGUAUUAAACGAUUUAAGAUUAAUCUGACUAAAAUUGUACUAUUUUUUAUAAUUAUUUUACACGGAAUAUUUAUAAGAAAUUUAUUAAAUUAAAAAUUUGUAUAAUUUUACUAUGUUUGUUAUAAUAAAUUUUCAUUAUUUAAU